AUACACCUGUUGUUAUUUUCUCUGUCUUGACAAAGGCUCGAUUGGAGCCGAAACGUCGACACGAUAUGCUGACAUGCUGACCGUCUCCAUGUGAGACAUACCUGUGAGUGGCAAUACAUUUUCUAUUCUCAAGGAAGUGUUACAUUGAUGCCAGUCACCAAUGAAGCAUGGCCAGAGGCAUUUGGCUUUGGGUUGGGUGGCUCAGGCCCCUGUUACAUUCUAUGGGUGGAAGCUGGAAGCAGUGCACACGCGGCAGGAUUGCAGCCUGGUGACCAGAUACUGGAAGUAGAGGGAAGGCCGGUCUCUUCCCUGACAGCUGACACCCUGAUAACACUGGGUCGGAAGUGUCUUAAUGUGCCCCCGAGUAUUGGGGUGAUAUCACGGGUGCAACAAGUGGAAAUAACAAGGAAAGGCCAGGAGGAGAUUGGCCUCACAGUGGCCGAUGGGAGACCUCUGCAUGUAGAUAGUGUUACCCCUGGGUCUCCUGCAUCCUAUGCUGGGGUAAGAGUUGGAGACUUUCUUCUUGAAGUCAAUGGUCUGCCUGUGACGGAUAUAUCGGAGGCGACCACACUGAUUUCUUCCAGCGGAGAGGAUGUACUCCGACUGGGCCUCCUAUGUGUGGGUCGGAGGCAGAGGCACAGCAGGGCGUACAGUGCUAGCGGAAGAGGACUGGAGACCGCAAGCCAAGCGCAGAAACUCAAAGCUCAGGAAUUUCACCGAAAACUUGAUGAGGUCCUGGGAGAUCAGCCCGCUUUGAAGGAGAAGGUGUUUGCUCUGUUGAAGCAGUACGCUCAGGAUAGAAAAGUGGAUCGCUUGGCAUAUAUGUUACCCAUGAUACUAACCGAGGAGUCUCAGCACCGUCUGUUUGACAACAUCAGAAUAUUUAUCCCCAAGAAGCACCGGCAGCGUUUUGACCAUGUCGUGUCCCAGAGUCUCAUCAGUAAGAUCUGCCGAUCCAGGAGUGAGCGCAGCAAUCGCCUGCGGAGGAGUCGGAGUGAAGACCACCAUGAACGGCUACUGGUGUCUACAAAGGCUGCUUCCAUGCCGCACUGCCAGGACGAGCUGGGCAGAGGACUGAAAAAGAGCAGUUCUCUCAUUGCUGGCAGCGGGGGCACUGGCAAGCCACAUAGGACAGUGCGGGUGUGUAAGGGCAGUAGCAGUUUUGGGUUCACGUUACGGGGUAAUGCCCCAGUGUGGAUUGAGUCUGUUCUCCCAGGCAGCCCUGCAGAAGUGGCCGGGCUCCAAGCUGGAGACAGAAUCUUGUUCUUAAAUGGUUUGGACAUGAGAAACUGCUGUCAUGAAAAGGUGGUCUGCAUGCUGCAGGGCAGUGGCGCCAUGCCUACGCUAGUGGUGGAAGAUGGCAACGUGUCCUACUGCGCAGAUUCAGAUUCGGAUACCACAAUCCCCACAUCUGCUCUCACCUCCCUUCAGUGGGUCGCAGAAAUCCUUCCCUCCAAUAUUCGCAUCCAAGGACGGAGCUUUAGCCAACAGCUGGAACAUCUGCUCACGCCCACUGAGCGAUAUACAGUCUGCAAAGCUCUAGAGAGCUUCUUUCAGCACAGGAACAUCGACACUCUGAUAGUGGACAUAUAUCCUGUGCUGGACACUCCGGCCAAGCAGAUCAUCUGGCAAUUCAUCUUCCAGCUGCUGACAUAUGAGGAACAGGAGCACUGCCAACACAAGAUCGCUCGCUUCCUGGGGUACAAGGCAGCUGCCAUGGAUGCGGAAACUGGGGCUCCUCAUCGAGGGUCUGUCCAUGGACAAGGAAUGUAUCAGGGGAGCAUCCGUACCCCUGGCAUGGAGGAAGGGAAGACAGUAGCUCACUGUGACCCAAUGGACGUCGCGCCUCGCCUGACUUCAGGAGAAAGACAAGCGGGAGAUGGAACAUCAUUACCCGAAACCCCGAAUCCUAAAAUGAUGUCAGCUGUUUAUGCUGAGUUAGAGAAUCGCUUUAUCAACAGUUUCCCAGGAAAAGUUAGCAGUAUGAGAUCCCGUGGGUCGUGUAACCUCUACCAUUCAACAGGAGAACGUAAACUGGCAAAGGGCACUCACUGGCAAAAUUCUGCACCGCCCUCGGACCCAUGUCCCCCACGUCCACCCAGUGCCCCAUCACCCAGCAGUUCCGAGUCUAAUCCCUAUGUCAGCUUGGAUGGCAGCCUGCCUCCUUCGCCAACUCAUAGGAAGAUUUUCACCUUCUCACGGCCGAGUCGCUCCCGAGAUACUGACCGAUUCCUGGAUGUGCUCAGCCGGCAACUGGGGCAAAAUCUAACCAUCACUGACCAGUUUCUUACCCCUGAGAAUGACUAUGAAGAGAUGACUUUUCAGGAUGAGCAGCUGAGCUGUGCACCACCUGAUGUUAGCACCACCAGCGAAUCAGCGGGCAGCAGUGAGGAUGGCAGCUCUCUCACCUAUUCUUCAGUGUCCGACCACAUUCCCCCACCACCUCACAGCCCCCCUCCGCCACCUCCUCCGCAACUUUCCAGAGGAGAGCCAGCAAAAAUGAAGGAGAGCCGUAAAGCAGCGUCCAUGCCCUUCUCUCGGAGUCUGGGGAGCUGCAUACCCCCGUUACCUCCAGCUCCUCCUCCUCUCCCAAUACUGCCUGUUCCUCCUGCGCCACCUCUGUUGCCCCUGGCACACCGCAGCAUGCACCGGCGCAGUGAAUCCAGCCACAUGAGUGUGAAGAGGCUGCGCUGGGAACAGGUGGAGAAUUCAGAAGGAACGAUAUGGGGGCAGCUGGGAGAGGACUCGGACUAUGAGAAAUUGAGUGAUAUGGUGAAGUACCUGGAUUUGGAGCUUCAUUUCGGGACCCAGAAACCAACACUCCUCCCGGUGUUGCCGGAAUCCAUGAAGAAAAAAGGUGCUGUUGAAAUUCUGUCUCACAAAAAGGCCUACAACACAGCUAUCCUGAUUGCGCACUUGAAGCUCACACACCAGGAGUUGAGCCACACCCUGAUGACCAUGGAGAAUGAGAGGCUGGAGCCCUCACAUAUUAAGCAGCUCCUUCUCUUUGCGCCCAGCGAGGAGGAGAGGAAACACUUUCAGGCCUAUGCAGGGAGCCCCAGCAAGUUGAGCGAGCCUGACCAGUUUGCUUUAAAGAUGAUGUCCGUUCCAGAAUACAAGUUGCGUCUGAGAAGUCUCCUGUUUAAAAGCACCUUGCAGGAGAAGACGGAAGAGAUCCGGGCCAGCUGUGACUGUGUCCUCAAGGCCUCCGCUGAGCUCAGAAAUAGCAAAAAACUGGCCAAAAUCCUGGAGUUUGUUUUAGCCAUGGGGAACUAUCUGAAUGAUGGACAGCCCAAAACUAACAGGACAACUGGAUUCAAGAUCAAUUUUCUCACGGAGCUCAAUACCACAAAGACGGUGGACGGGAAAUUCACAUUUUUGCACAUACUCGCCAAAUCCCUCAGCCAGCAUUUCCCUGAGCUGCUAAGCUUUGCCAAGGAUCUCCCCACUGUGCCUCUCGCUGCCAAAGUAAAUCAGAGGUCGCUCACUGCUGACCUGAGCGACCUACAUGUGACCAUUCAGGAGAUAAAAAACGCCUGCAGCCGGAUGAGCAGCUCCCCCCAGGACAAGUUCCCGCUCACCAUGAGUACGUUCCUAGAGAACACCUUCCCCGCCAUUCAGAGCCUGGAUACACUGCAGCAUCGGGCCACAGAGGACUUCUUCAAAGUCUGCUCCUACUUUGGAGAAGACCCCAAGGGCUCCAGCACGGAGGCGUUCUUUGGGAUAUUUGCUGAGUUUAUCAGCAAGUUUGAGAAAGCCUUCAGUGACCUUCAGACAGGUGACACUCCGCUGCCACCAGGGAACCCAUCCCCACCAGUGUGGUAAGGAAGUUACUUGCAGGCCAGAUGGGACAGUGAUUCGCCUUGAGCACCAAUAACCAUGCAGGAACUUACGCCUUGGACCUAACGUCUGAAGCCUGCAAUAAGGGAGAGGUGCUAGGAAGAAGGUAGACAUGUUCCAGAUGUGUGAUGCAAGAAAAUCCAAUGGGCAGACACCAAUGUCAGAAACCAUCAACACGACUAGGAUGGAAUAUAUGAUAUAUACACAAGUCGAAGAAGUCUGUAGAAUUUGGGGGAAAUCAUUGUCCAGGAACCAUACUAGAACAAUCAAAAUGUUAUUUAUUCAGUUAUCUCCUGUGUUUAUUUGACCACAAUGCCUAUUCUUUGUGACUUUUAUAAAACCAUCUCGCAUCUCGUCAGCCACAUAAGUUGCACUGACAUUCGCUUCCUGGCCAUGCUUCUUUGUUUACAGAAAUUUGCCACAGCUGAAUCUAGAUUAUUAACACGCCUGUCACGGAUCAUACAUGAUUAACACACAUCCAGGAAAAAAAAUUAAAAAUAUAUAUAUAUGAUAUAAAUACAUUGCGUAAUUUUACACCAAAAUUCUUCAAUGCUUUCUUGUAAGCUGCAAAAAUAAAGAGAUGUGUAUUUAUUAUAUUUAGAA